GCGCUGUGUAUAGACUUGUUUUGUCUCUUCUUUUCUGGUUCAUAACCUUAAAAUGUGCAUGAAGAAGAUCCCUUGAAAUACUAAAACGAGUACCGAAGUGAUAGACAGUGUACCAAACAUGAAGGUCGAAGUACAGUCCACGAAACUGGUCAAGCCAUCGGCUCCGACGCCGAAUCAACAUCGAAAGCUCGGUGUGUCCUUCAUUGAUGACCUGUUAUUUUCUAAACAUGUCGGCAUCAUUUUCUACUAUCGAGCUCACAAAAGAUUGCACGAGAUCGAUACUCUUCAGAGGCUUCACCGCUUGGAGGAGUCGCUUUCCGAAACACUAGCCCUCUUUUACCCUCUAGCCGGUCGGUACGUCGAAGACGGGCUCUUCAUCGACUGCAACGACCAAGGGGUGGAAUUUAUUCAAGCCAAAGUGGAUGGCACUCUACAGCAGAUCCUUCAGGGAGAUGUUGACCCUGAUCUUCUUCACUGCUUGUCGAAAUUCCCGCUGCAAGCAGGGAGCAAUCCGCUGGUCGUGCUUCAACUGAACGAGUUCUAUUGUGGCGGAUUAGCAAUCGGCAUGCGCUUUUCUCACAAGAUAGGCGACAUGUGCACCAUGGCCACAUUCAUGAACUCGUGGGCCACCGCAUGCCGGAGCGGAAUCCAAGAAGUAGUCCCGCCGAAUUUCGAGCUGCCAUCUCUAUUCCCGGUGAAAGAACCCACAUUCAUACAAUGGCCCGCACUCCCCUUCAGGAAAGAGUUCGCGCUGGCUAGACUCAAAUUCAGCGGCCUAGCCUUGUCGAGACUGAAAGCUGCUUCCAACUCAUCGGAUUCAAUAGCUAACAACGGCCAAAGGUCACGCGUGGAAAUCGUGUCUGCGCUGAUAUGUAAGGCUCUUAUCAGCGUUGAUCGCGUGACAAAAGGCCUGCCGAGGCCUUUCGCCUUUUCCGCACCUAUCAACUUGCGCGAGAGAGUACAAUUAAAGAUACCCACAAACGAAUGCGGCAACUUCUUUGCUCAAAUCACCUCUCCAUUUGCUGUAGAAGAGAGAGAGCCCUCUUUCAGUGGAAUACUGAAUCUGAUAGGCGACGCGCAUAGGAAUGCCAAAUUGAAGUACGCCGCGAUAGCAGACGCAGGUACGUUGUGCUCGACGGUGGCAGAUUCGUUGAGAGAUUGCGUCGGUAUGUUGGGCAGAGAUGCAGCAAACGUGAUUCUGAUCGAUAGCUGGUGUAGAUUCCCACUCUAUGACAGUGAUUUUGGGUGGGGGAAGCCAGACUCGGUGAGCAACACAAGCCCUCCUCUGAGGUCAGCUGGUCUUGUGGAUAGCUCCAUUGAUGAUGGUGGAAUUGAUGCUUGGAUUACUCUAAACCAAGAUGAGAUGGUUCUUUUCAAGCAAGAUCCUGACAUUGUGGCUUGUACUUCAUAGCUACUUCUUCCUAGAAAUGUUCUUUGUAGAAACACCACUAAAUAAGUGUGAGUAUUACUCGCUCGGCAUGUUCACAUCCAAAUUUCACCUAUUGAUUUUCUCUUCGUUGUCA